AUGGGGAACCGCGUUUCGCGGGAAGACUUCGAGUGGGUCUACACCGAUCAGCCGCACGCUACUCGGCGCCAGGAGAUCCUGGCAAAGUAUCCAGAGAUAAAAUCCUUAAUGAAACCUGAUUCCAACUUGAUAUGGAUUGUAAUUAUGAUGGUUCUCACUCAGUUUGUUGCAUUUUACUUAGUAAAGGACUUAGACUGGAAAUGGGUCCUGUUUUGGGCAUAUGCCUUUGGCAGCUGCAUUAAUCAUUCAAUGACUCUGGCUAUUCAUGAAGUUUCCCACAACAGUGCCUUUGGCCAUUGCAAAGCUAUGUGGAAUCGUUGGUUUGGAAUAUUUGCCAAUCUCCCUAUUGGUGUCCCAUAUUCAAUUUCCUUUAAGAGAUAUCACAUGGAUCAUCAUCGAUACCUCGGAGGCGACGGCAUUGAUGUGGACAUUCCAACCGACUUUGAAGGCUGGUUCUUCUGUACUACUUUCAGAAAAUUUAUAUGGGUCAUCCUUCAGCCUCUCUUUUAUGCUUUUCGACCUCUCUUCAUCAACCCCAAACCAAUCUCUUAUCUGGAAAUAAUCAAUACUGUGAUUCAGAUCACUUUUGACAUCGUGAUUUACUAUGUUUUGGGAGUUAAAUCUUUAGUCUACAUGUUGGCAGCCUCCUUACUUGGCCUAGGUUUGCACCCGAUUUCUGGACAUUUUAUUGCUGAACAUUAUAUGUUCUUAAAGGGACAUGAAACUUACUCAUAUUAUGGGCCUCUGAAUUUACUCACCUUCAAUGUGGGUUACCAUAAUGAACAUCACGACUUUCCCAACAUUCCCGGAAAAAGCCUUCCCCUGGUGAGGAAAAUAGCUGCUGAGUACUAUGACAGCCUCCCCCACUACAAUUCCUGGAUAAAAGUGCUGUAUGAUUUUGUGACGGAUGAUACAAUAAGUCCCUAUUCGAGAAUGAAGAGGCAUCGGAAAGGCAACGAGGUUCAGGAGUAA